UGGAAAUCUUGAGCCGCCAACUGUUGCAACGAUGGCAGCACGUUGGCGCGACGAGCACGGCGGCGCCAUUGAGUGCCUGGCCCAUCUCCGCCAGAUUGUGGCGAAGUCUAGUGUCACCAAGCACUGCCAUGCGAUCUCGAAUCUGCGUGUGAAUAAAUGGGAUUCCACGGUACUGGACUCGGAAAUCCUCAGCCUCAUGAAGUUCCCCGUCAAGAACAUGUUUGCCUUCUGUCGACCAGGGUUGAUGGAAAAGUUCCAGCCUGAGAUCGAUGCCUCGGUGCUCGCCAUGCUGUUCAUAUUCUCCGUGGGAAUGAAAAAGCCCACACCCGGCAUGGCACUACAGAACCUCACCUACGCCACAUCGUGCUUGACCUGGAGAAAGACGCUUCCUCUCUUCCUAUUUUCGGUUGUCAUUCCAUACGGCUGGAAGCGAAUACAUCACUUGCUCCUGAGCCAACGAUGGAGGGAAGACCGCACGACAGAGGCCGAGGAAAAGUACCAGCGCUUCUUAACAGUCUUGCACCGCAUCAGCACCAUAGCUGCGGUGUGCCAACUGCUCAACCACGCCGCGUUUUUCAAGCACGGGCAGUACCGCACGUUGGCGGAGCGUGUCGUCGGUAUGAAACUGCAAAGAAACAAACGAUCGCUUCAACCGCGCGCGAUCACGUUCGAAUACAUGAACCGGCAGUUAGUGUGGGAUGGAUUGGUGGACUUUGGUAUGUUUGUGCUGCCGCUGGUAAAUUGGAGUCGUUUGUGGCGAGCUGUGAAGCGCGUUGGAUACGUCACCGACAGCCAGGCUGGUGCCCGCGCGACGGGGUGUCCGAUUUGCAUGACAACCCAAGCAAAGACGCCAUACCGAACGUCGUGCGGCCAUGUUUACUGCUACUUUUGUUUGCAGUCGUCGGUGGCGGGGAACCCAGAAUUUGCAUGUGUCGCGUGUGGAGACGUGUUCGAGUCGUCGCAUCGCGUGUUUGGCUCGCUGCCGCAUGUACCCCUUGAAGCGACGUGACCAUCGACCUGUUGGCGACAUUACCGCAUGAAAUAACUACGAAAUAGAGCUCAGCACCGCCUUGCGUUCGCC